GCGCUUUCUGCCGCCCGCGCCGUGCCCGCCUUUUCCUUAGCCGCCAGGCCCCAGCACAGAGGCUACCACGAAAAGGUGCUCGAUCACUACUCCAACCCCCGCAACGUCGGCACCAUGAACAAAAACGACGAGGACGUCGGCACCGGGCUUGUGGGCGCGCCUGCAUGCGGCGACGUCAUGAGAUUGCAGAUCCAGGUGGACGAGGCCACGGGCGUCAUCAAGGACGUCAAGUUCAAGACCUUUGGAUGCGGCUCGGCCAUUGCGUCGUCCUCGUACGUCACGGAGCUCGUCAGGGGCAUGACCCUCGAGGAAGCCAUGACCAUCAAGAACACCGCCAUCGCCAAGGAGUUGUCGUUGCCGCCCGUCAAGUUGCACUGCUCCAUGUUGGCCGAGGACGCCAUCAAGUCUGCAGUCAAGGACUACAAGACCAAGCGCGCCAAUGCCGUCAAGCAGCCCACCUUGGGUGCGGCCGUGGCCUAA